ACUACACAAUUAUCUUUGAUACAAAGACGGCUAUGUAGCUAGCUAAGAAGAAUUGCUCAGAUCAAACAAAUCAAGCCGUUGUAAUGUAGCCAGCUAGAAAGGACAUCCCUAUUCAAUUCAAUGCCGUGCUGAUGGGUGCACCCUUAGCAAAGCAGGAAGAAGUGUCCUCCAUUAACCAAGAAGUACAGGAUUGUAUUGUGCUCAUUUAAUGUCAACUGACAUUACACACAUUUCAAUGAAAAGUCCUUGCCAUGGCCAUGGCAAUUGUGUAUAACAAUGCCAAGCUAGCCAUUUUGAGUGUAACCGUGAGAAGGUGUAGUCAAAUUGCCGGGGCCUGAGGGGCUAUUUCCAUUCUAGACAUUCUAUUUAUAUGAGAGUAGUUUACAGAAGGGUUUUAGAAGUUUGCACAAGGACACAGAAGUAAAAUAAACUUCCAAUUGACAAUCUUCAGGGAAAUUGUCAGUAAUUUUCACAAUAAUAACAUUUCUGUCAAUUUGGAAUAUACUGUACAUUAAGGUCAAAUUCAUCUUUGGCAAUUGGGUAAAAAAGAAAGAUGGAACUAUUAAAAGUGAUUUACUUGAUGCCUUUUGAUGCCGAUGCCGUCUUUAGGUUGUUUAAGGAUUUGUUUUCUUUAGCAGCAUCCUGUAGGAUGCUAACAUUUACGAACUCUCUUUUAGAGCUCAUUUGUUAUGGAAGUGCACAGUAUUGGUCAGAGCGACUGGCAUGUUGAGGUGGGCCUGCUAAGGAAGGAGGUGGGCCUGCUAAAGCAAUGGGCCUGUAUGGAGGAGACGAGACGGAUAGAGAGACAGAAGAUGGAGAUGUAUGGAGAAGAGAGACAACAGCAGGAUUACCAGUAUCUGGAGAUUAAUAGAGAGAAGGUGUUGAAGGAGGUGGAGAGGGACAGACUUGAGAGGAUGAAGAUGGAGGAGAAGAAGGAGCUUGCAAAAAUAAAUCAGAUGAAGGAUGAAGAGUUGCUGUUAAUGGAUAUUAGAAUGAGAGAAAGGGAGAGAGAGAUGGAGGAGGAAAGGAGGAGGUUCAAGAAGACAUCUGAGAGGCAGAAGGUAGAGAAACGGAUGGAGCUCCAGAAGAAGAGACAGAAGGAGAGAGAUGAGUGGGAGAUAUCUGAAAAUAAGAGAAUGGAGGAAUGGGAAGAGUUUUACUGGAAGGAAGAAGACAUCCGAAAGGAAGAGGGAGGGAUGAAAGCAGAAAGGAAGGCAAAGAGAAUGGUGGAAGAAGGAAAGAGAAAGAUGGGAGAAGAACAACAGAUGCUGAAAAAGCAAGCCAGACUAACAGAGACACUGAGUGAUGGAAAGAGAAGAGACCUGGAAGAGAGAAAGGAAGAUGAAAAUAAUAUGGGAGAAAAGUGUGUGGAGGAAGCAAGGGAAAGAGACAGGAGAGAGCUCCUGAAAGAAAAGAGGUGGAGACAGAUUGCAGAAGAAAAUUUGACACACAUGGAGAAACAAAUGAUGGAGAGGGAGGGGGAGAGGAAGAGAGAACUUGAGUGUCAGAUUAGAGAAGAGAUGAGAAAAAGAGAAGAGGAAAGAAAGCACGAGGAGGAAAUGAAAAUGAGGAAACUGGAAGAGGACCUAAUGAAAGAAAAGAGGCAGAGACAGAUUGCAGAAGAAAAUAUGACACACAUGGAGAAACAAAUGAGAGAGCUGGAGGAGAGGGAGGAGGAGAAGAAAAGAGAAUUUGAGAGUCAGAUUAGAGAAGAGAAAAGAAAGCACGAGGAGGAAAUGAAAAUGAGGAAACUGGAAGACAUGAAGAAUGAAAUGUUUGGAAAAAUGAGGGAGUUGGAGGAGAGGAAGAGAGAACUUGAGAGUCAGAUUAAAGAAGAGGAAAGAAAGCAUGAGGAGGAAAUGAAAAUGAGGAAACUGGAAGACAUGAAGAAUGAAAUGUUUGGAAAAUUGAGAGAGUUGGAGGAGAGGAUGAUAAAGAUGGAAAAACAGCAUGCAGCGAAUACAAUGAUGGAGGAGGAGAAUGAGGAAAGAAAGAGGGUGGAAGACACAGCGAGGAUGAAAGAGCUAAAAAAGACAGCCUUGGAUGUGUGGGAAUUUCACUUUGGAAGUGAUGAAUGUCCGAAGACUGACGAUAGCAAAAAUGAGGAAACACCAGACAGUGAUACUGCAAUUGUCAAAACAACCAAAAAGGUUGAGAAGGAAAACAGUGCAGAUGAGAAGAAAGACAACAGUGUAGGUGUGCGGCAAGAUAGUGACACAUCUGUGAUCGAGGAAAUCAACCCAAAGCAUGAAGAGAGGGAUGGCGACCAGGAUGAUGACUCCAAGAGUGAUGGGAAGAAAUACAGAAGUGAUGCAGAAUGUUCAGAUGGUGAUGACAGUAAAAGUGCCAAAACACACCAAAAGAAGACAGACAAAGAGAAGAAUGAAACGAUGGAAGCACUCCUGACCGAGGAAAAAGGUAACAGUAGUGAUGAUGAUGAUGAUGAUUUCACUGAGAUGAAACAAAAGGAUGGACAUAAAAAUAUGCUUGUUGAGGAGAAGGUAGCUACAAAUUACUGUCAGAAUAAUCAACCAUCAGAAGUCAAAGUUCAAAAUGACCUGGCAGGUGAUAUGGACUGGUCAGAGAGUGACUACAGCGAGAUUGAGGAAAUAAUCGACGGUGACACUGAGGACAUUAGUGAAGAAAUAAAGGAAACGGAUGAGGAGGAGGAGGUUGAAGAAAAUACAGAUAUUGAGAGUGAUGAGAGAACAGGAAGAAAUGUGAUAAGAAGUGAAUGUGAUGAUGAUAAGAGUGGGAAACCAAACAUGAAGAAAGACAUGGUUGACAAAGACAAUACAGACAACAACGUUGAGAAAGAUAAAACAACCCAAAGCAACACAAAGAGAGAGGAGGGUGAAAGAAAAGAGGGUCAAAGCCAAGACACAGAGACAUACAAAACCAAUGGCGCAACAGAAUCUGACGAGCUCACUUUGGCUCCUGGAAAGGGGGCAGAUAGCAAUGACAGUGAGAGUGUCAAAUCCAACAAAGAGAAAGAAAAGGAUGACCAAAAGGACAAAGGACAGUUAGAGAGUCAGGAGGAGAAGAAGGAGGACAGGAUACUUGCUGGAGCAGAGGGAGAGACUCAGCAUCCUCAGGAAGACCAAUCGGAAAUGUGCAAAGAUUUUUCAAUUUUCGCAGCAACGACGGUUAAGAUUCAGGGCCCAGGCGAGGAUCAACUAGCAAUUGAAGGAAAGACUAACGACAGUCAGACAGACCAGGCAGACCAGGCAGCAAAGGUCAAAGGUGAAAAGGACCUGGACAUUGACUGGUCAGAGAAUGACAGUGAGACUGAGGAAAUGACAUCUGAUUUUGAGAUUGAUGAGGAAACAGACCAACCAGCAACGUGCGGAGAUUACUCCAUCUCUGUUACUGCGGAGGUUAAUAAGACUCAGGACCCUGACAAGGAUCAACCAGCAAAGCUCAAAGAUUUGUCUGUGUUAGCUGCAGCUGGAGGAAAGACUCAGGACUCAGCAAAGGUCAAAGGUGAAAAGGACCUGGACAUUAAUGUAGACUGGUCAGAGACUGACUACAGCUGCAGUGAUGAUGAGUUCACGAGUGAAGAAAUAUACCCAAUGGAUGAAGAGAAAGGUCUUCUACAACUCCAGACUGAUGGGAAUACUAAUGAGAUUGGUGGAGAAACGACAGAUAGUGAUGAUUUUCAAAGACACAGAAUAAACUCAGAGAAGGAUGAGAAAGAUGGAUAUGAAAAGAAAGAGGUCGUUCAGGAGAACCAGAGAGCAAAGUGCAAAGAUUUCUCCAUAUUUUCAGCUGGUGCUCAGGUCACACAUUCACAGUGCAAAGAUCUCUCUGGGUUUUCUGCAGCAAGGGAUAAGUUCAAGGGUGAAAACGACCUGGACAGAGACUGGUUAGAGAGUGACAACAGUGAGAUUGAGGAAGUAAUAGAAAGUGACAGUGAAAUAAAGGAAAUUCACCAAAUUGAAGAAAGGAAAGAGAAGGAUGAAGAACAGACAGAUGACCUCCAAAGUAAGAGGAAGACAGAGAAGUGUGACGAGGAAACCACCGAUAGCAGUGAUGACAAGAGUGAGAAAACAAACGUCAAGAUAGACAAAGAGAUGCGUCAUGAAGACAUUACAGACCACACCCUUGAGAAAACAGAUUUCUCCAUAUUUGCUGAAGAGGAGGUUAAGCCUCAGGACCCUCGCGAGGACCAGCCAGCUAAGUGCAAAGCUGGAGGAAAGACUCAGAACACUCAGACAGACCAGGCAACAAAGGUCAAAGGUGAACAGGACCUGGACAUUGACACAGACUGGUCAGAGAGUGACCUUGAUAGUGACGAUGAAUUCAUAACUGAAGAAGUAUGGCAAAAGUGGAAAGAGGACAAUGAGAAGAAAAGACAAAACAAAGAUUACACAGUUACACCAUUACGGAAUACAGAUAGGAUUGAUGGAGAGAUCUCAAGAGAAAAGAUUGGAAAGAUAAACCAAGAGCAGAGGGCUGCAGCGGAGGGAAAAAAUCAGAACCCUCAGACAUAUCAGCCAGUAAAGGUCAAAGGUGAAAAUGACCUGACAAGUGCGGGAAUGAACCAAGAGAAGACAGAGAUAGAGGUCGUUCAGAGGUCUCGUCAGGAACAGCCAGCUAAGUGUAAAGUCCCCCCGGUUCAGCAGGCCAAAGUGAGUAAUAAAAGUGAGAUUGUCCAAAAGAGAGAUGGGAAUGACAAAGUGACAGAGCCAAAGACAGAUGCAGAGCUCAUUAUGGAAAAAUAUGAGAGGAUGGUGGAAGAGGGGAGACGGGGGCUUGGUCAGAAGGAUAGGAGAGGUAAAGUCAAGGCCAAUGGGACAGAGGGAAAGAAAAAGGAGGAGUCUAAAGAAGAGCAGCGCAGGCUGAGGAAUGAGAAGGCCCUGCAGGAUCACCUGGACAGGGUAGAGAAUCAGGAAGGGACAAGCAAACAGACCAGACAACCACAGUGUAAAGAUUACUCUAUUUUCACUGCAUCAGGGCUAAAGAGCAAGGACCCGCAUGAUCAACAGCCAGUAAAAUGCAAAGAUUACUCCAUCUUCUCUGUGGGCCAACAGCGGGUUGCACAGCCCCCUCCAGCCCAUAAGAAUAAGACAACCUCCCACCGCAAAGAUGUCUCUAUAUUUGCAGCUGGGAAAAAUCAUUUGGCUAAAGUCUUGAAACCCCUUGUGUGCAAAAAGGCAGAAUGUAUAGUUCCUGACGUUUUCCUUGCUAAGAAGUGACCUCUGCAAUUUGACAAAUAUUUUCUGAAAUUCAUUCUCAUUCUUUCCCUUGUUUUCUAUAUACAUUUUAACAUUCUUCAAGCAUUAUAAAAUAAUAAACUCAUUUUAGCAUCAA